GCGGCCCUGCGAUCCUCUGCCGUCCUCAGCGAGAGUCUGUGUUCGGCUCUGGACCGUCAUGUUGAAGGGGAGACAACAGGGACACAGUCCUGGGCCGAGACACUCCAAAAUGAGGUUGCAGUGAGGCACGCGGCCCCCGUGCAUACCGUUCACUCCACCAAUCACCCGGGGCUCCCCGGCAGCUUGCCUGUCAUCCCCGGGAUGACAGAACGCGCCUUCCAUCCAAACCUCCAGAGCCCUGGCCGCUUGUGGGGUGUGUCACUAACAAUGCAGCGUCCAUAAAACAAAGAGAGAGGAAGACCACAGAGGGGAGCAGAAAGAGCAGAGAAGACCAUCACACACCAUCAGCAUCACGUCCUCCUUAAGGAUACGGUUGGCAAACAAAACAAGAGUGGUGGGACCUACCUUUUGACGGCAUCUUAGUUGUCAUGGAGAGGGCUCCCCCUGCCAUGCGAGCUGCCCGACUCCAGCCCUACCUGGAGACCGGACCCCCUCAGGAGCAGCGCUCUGUGCUGGAGACCGGCGCGUUGGAGGAAGCGAAGGAGGACUGCGAGCGGAUGUCGGGCGAGGCGAUGGACCGCAGGAAGGUGUGGGAGCCCAGUGUUUACUACUCGCUCGGGAAGGAGUCCUUCCACUUUGCCGGGCAUGACAUCAGCAUCCGGGAGUCCAUGGACACGUAUGGCGCUCUGAUCUGGCCCGGGGCGGUAGCUUUGUGCCAGUUCCUGGAGAACAACCAGCAACAAGUGUGUAUCAUGGAUAAAGCGGUGCUGGAAAUCGGGGCAGGGACUGGCUUGCUGUCCAUCGUGGCCAGUCUACUGGGGGCCUGGGUCACGGCCACCGACCUGCCCGACAUCCUCUCCAACCUGACCUUUAACCUCACACGGAACACCAGGGGCCGCGCCCGGUACACACCGCAGGUGGCGGCCCUCACCUGGGGCCAACACCUGGACCGGGACUUCCCUCGCAACGGCUGUCGCUAUGACUACAUCCUGGCAGCGGAUGUGGUCUAUCACCAUGAAUGCCUGGAAGAGCUCCUGGCCACGAUUCGUCACUUCUGCCACCCAGGAAGUACGACCACACUGCUGUGGGCCAAUAAGAUCCGCUUCCAGUCCGACCUGUGGUUCAUAGAGCACCUAAAGAGCAGCUACAACACCAAAAUGAUCUGCGAGUUACCACAGCAGGAGGUGAAGAUAUACCAGGCCACGGCAAAGGAGUGACUGGGAGGACGGACACGGAAUCCGUCCACGAUGCAUCAACGGAUUGAACGAUCAUCGAUUAAUGGGUCGACGGAUGGGACACCGAAUGGAUGGAUAACAGACGAAUAGGAUAGAUGGAGCAAUGAUCAAAUGAUUGGGCAAAUGAGAGAUUGGGUGGGUGGAUGGAUCCACAUGAAUAGGUAGCAAAGCAAGAUGUUUAAAACAUAUCAGGUAGGCAGUCUGUGUACAUGAUUGGGGAUCAAUCAUUGGUUUGAUCAACUCUGAUUCAAGGUCUACAUGGUUGUAGCAUCAAAAGAGGUGCUGAACCUCAAUGAGACCAAUCGGAAUAAAUAAAGGUUGAAUAAAAAAAAAAAAAACAUGGGUUGGUGAUAUGAGCAGGGUUUUGCUGAAGCAGGAAGUGAACACUUUUAUUGAUAUAUACAUUGAAACUUUUUCAUACAAUUUAAGUUUUUGUUUUUUUAAGGUUUUUCUUCAUACAAUUUUGCACUCAACUGCUUCAUUUUAUAAAUAAAUUGCUUGGCUGGAAGAAAAAAUAUUUUUACAUUUAGCUUAUAAUACAAUUCACUCAAUAUACUGCAAAUUGUAACAUAGUUGUUAAAAUAUUAUUUAAAAACUGGCAUAAAGUAUUAAUUUCACACAGAAAU